AGCAGUCGGUGUUUGUUACUUGUCAUUUGUUUAAAUUCGAACUGAAUAUUAUAUUUUAAACAUCUUAAAUUACUCAAUCAAUAUAAAAUGUCUGGAUUCAAGUUUGAAGGCGAAACAGAUAGUAUAAGCACAAAGCAAAAAGAAUACAUUCUACAAGUGCUUGAGAAAAAAGGUUAUAAAGAUUGUAAAAUUAAUAUUAAAGCAGUUGGCAAGGCAGGAGAUAAUUUUGUGGCUAACGUCAAACGUAUGACCAUCGAAGAAAAUGGUAAAGAUAUUUUCAAAAUGAUCGCAAAAAUUGCACCAGUCAAUGAAUUAACUAGAGCCUUUGGCGCUUCUAUGUGGUUCAAUAAUGAAAGCGUCAUGUUCGGUGAAAUAUUUCGUAAAUUUUAUGAACUACAACAUAAAAGUGAUAUAUCUAAUGAGAAUUAUGCAUUUAGAGCACCAGAGUGCUAUGGCAUAAUAAUCGAACAACCAAAUGAAUUAAUCCUUUUGGAAGAUUUAGAUAACUACGCAAUGAAGGAUAAAAUGAAACCACUUACAAAUGAAAGCGUGAAAAUAAUUUUGAAAAAAUUUGCUAUAAUGCAUUCACUCUCCUUUGUCUGGAGAUCAAAAAAUUCUGAAGCAUUUGAGUUUACAACAAAAAAACUUCACAAUGUUUUUAGCGGCAUGAUCAAAAUGCCUGGAUUUUACCAGCAAUUGAUAAUGAUGGUGAAUAAUUCUAAAGCUAUAGUGAACGACAAUGAUUAUGAGAAAGUUUUUGAAGUUCUUACAAGCCAAUUGCCAGAUAUGCUGGAAAAUCUGGAUAAAAUCGAGGCGACGACGAAAUCCACCGUAGUUAUACAUGGCGAUGCUUGGAUUAACAAUAUGAUGUUCAAGGAACAAGACGGAAAAUUGGACUGCAUUCCAAUUGAUUUUCAACAAUCUAAAGUUGGCAGUCCGGCCUGUGACGUUCUCCACUUGAUCUUCACAAGUACAGACCACGAAACUAGACUUCAACACUUUAAAACAUGGAUAGACUACUACUAUACCCAACUGGACCAAUGCUUGACCAAUCAUGGCUUGGACACCAACCUUGUCUAUCCAAAGAAAGAAUUUGACGCUGAUGUGAAAAGAUAUUCAAAACUAUAUUUCGUAAUAGGAUUCUUUAUGUUUUCAAUGAUGUUUAUCAAGACAGAAGAUGCGGCUGCUCUUAAAGAGAUGCAGGAAAAAUCUACAGGAGACACAAAUGAAAUGUUUGCAAAUGCUGCAGAAUUAUUCGCGAGAAUCGACUGCGAAUCUUUGAGAGGUAGAUUGGUCGGCCUCGUUGAUAGCUUCAGAGAAUUUGAUUUUAUUGAUAUUUAAAUUAGUAGUUUCAUUAAAACAAAAAAUACUGCUACUGGAAUAUUUUUUGAAGAUGUGUUAACUAAAUGUUUUGUAUUUAUGAUAUACUAUUUGCCACCCCUGCUUCGCUCAAUACGAAGUCUAAAAAUCUUCGGAAAUGAAGUAGAUUAAUUGUAAUUUUGUAAAACUGUACCUCAAGAGUUAGAAUAAAUGAAUAAAUUGAUCAAAAAGUGCAUGUUUGUACAGUUCAUCGGCCAGGACCUGGUAUGCUGGAUUACCCUUGAGUUAUUAUAGUUCAGUAUACAGAUGCAAUACCUAAUCUGAUAGAUUUAAUAUUAGAUUUAAUAAAUAAACAAUGACAUGAUAAUGAUUACCACAUAGAUAAAUGUCCUAUAAUCAGAUAACUAUUUGCGCCGUUGUCAUUUAUCAGUAUUAAUUCACAAAAUACAUAUAUUGCCUCGGAACUUCCAUUUACAACCCCUGUCCCACCAAACAAACACACAUUGAGUACAUGUCGGAAUCAUUAAUCACGCUCGUAUGCAAAUUCAGUAAGUGCCGCUGAUAAAUGGACGAUGGUCAAGAUUUGAGAGGCUACUGUAUGUGGUAGCUUGAUAUGUUCUUUUUAACCCCGCACGAAAAAGAGGGGUGUUUUAAGUUUAACGUGUCAGUCUGUUUAUCUGUGUAUCGGUCUGUGUCAUCGUAGCUUCCAUACGGAGGAAAUGAUUUUUGUUUCGUUUUUUUUUUGUAUAAUAGAUAAUUUAUCCCGAGUGUUCUUGGCCAUGUUUCAUGAAAAUCUGUUUAGCCAUUCGAAAGUUGUGGCGAUAUGAAUAUUGAAAGUCGCGAGUUUUUUAAUUUGUCUGUCUUUUUUAAUUUGUCUGUUUGUUGUCGUUUUCCGAUAUAAAUCAUUGAGGCCAGGGUCAAUUUUCGCAAUUUAUCUCCCUCACUUGGGUCUUCGAUAUCAUUGGCACACGUAUAUUCUUUGACGACGACAAGCCAGCACAUGAACACUGUAUAAAAUUGAUUAACUACGUCUCACAUAAAAAAUAAAUAAAUAAUAUUAAGUAUUUAAAUAAUACGUAUUUUUCGAACGAUACCUCUUACAAAUUUUAGAUUUAUCUUUGCUGGGGAUAGAAGUUUUGGUUGCUAUUAAUUGUAAUCAGAUUCCAGUUUUCUACAACUAUUUUUUAAUUCAAUCUGAAAACAUAACUCAGUAUAAGGCAUGGUCAAAACACAUUAAAUCCUAACCUAUACACAGAUGUGUGUAACUAAUAAACUUUAAUAGAAAUUAAAAUUUAUAUUUUUUUAAUGUCCGAAGUCCAUAGUUACAGCAUCCGAACUAACACUGAUAUCCACUUGAUUUCAUUUUUCAUUCUUAAACCGUUUUGUCCAGACAAGGGUCCGAAACCAGUACCUUCCCAUUCAAAGUUGGUUUUUGUUCGCUACAUCAUCAGUUUUAUGGGCCCGAGGUUAUCAUUAACAUGGGUUUUCUGUACCCUUUCAGUAGUUCAUAAAUUAAUGUCAAACUUGUUUUAACAAAAGAUUUAGUUUUAUUUUGUUUUGAUCA